AUGGUUCAAGUAUUCACAUUUCAGCUUCCCAUUGACUCAAUGGACAGCGAAAACCUCCAAACUUUAAAAUCUACUUUGGAUAUCCCCAUGGAUAUCGAGUACCUUGAGAAGUUCUUCACCCACUACUUUCAAUCAACCUCUAGUCCUCAAGCUAGAACCCUUUUCCAGUCGAAAGUCGAUGCCAAAAUGGCUGAACUUGUUACGAAACCUGCUUCGUCGACUGAUAUUGCCCCCGCUACAUCCACUGAGACGGUUGUGAGCGACGUAUCUCUUGUCUCAGCUUCCAGCUCUUCUGGAACCGACCUUCUGGCUCUUAAGGAACCUGUUUCUUGUUCUCCUGCUUUGACGAAGGUUAAGAAAGCUUCAAUUUUACAGAAAAAGGCUUGUUCUCUUCCAAAAUGGUCAGAUACCUUCUCCAAGAAGCAAAUAAAACGCCUUUCGACCUUCAAGCCCUCUCGUCCAGCUCCAAAGCUUAUUAUCCAUGAUGGUAAGCUUCCAAAGAAGCACUUUUAUGCUCACAAGGCAGUCAAUGGUCUUCAGACUCCACUGAAGAUGGCUGUUCCAUCAGUCCAAAAGAUCGAGGCUUCUGGUAAGCUCCAUAAGUCCAAUUUGCAGCCUGGUCUGUACCACCACUUCAAGAAGCUUCUCAAGUUUCAACCCUUUUACGACCAGUAUCAGGACGACGGGCUUCUGGCCCAAAAUGCAGAGAAGUCUUACGUUUUACCUGGUAAACCAUUUACUGCUCCAAGAACAAAGUUAAGGGAGGAGUCUUCCACUACUAAGGUUUCUAUUGAAACCAAUAAGUCUUCCCAGAUUAAAACCUUGUCGUCUGAGUCUUCAAAAGCUCUUGCUUCCAUUCCGGCUGUUCCAAAAGAACCUGUUCCUUCUAAGGCUCCCAAGGUUUCUGCUUGGGACAUGAAGGUCGACUACAAGCAGUGGAUACUGUCUUCCAAUGGUGUAAAGGAUGAAGUUAAGAAAGCCACUAAGACUUCUAAGACUUCCAAGGCCACUAAAGCUUCCAAGAACUCCAAGCCUUCUAAUGCUUCCAAGGCUCCUAAGACUUCCAAGGCUUCCAAGUCUCCAAAGGCUUCUAAGACUCCUAAGUCUUCCAAUGUUUCUGAGCCUCCUAAGUCUCCUAGGUCUCCUGAGACUCCUAAGUCUCCCAAUGCUCCUAAGUCUUCCAAGUCUUCCACUGAUUCCAAGGCUUCCUGGGCUUCUGUUCUUUCACAGCCGCCAGCAACCAAGAAGCAAAAGACCAAGUCUCAGUCUGAAAAAAGGUUCCAUCCUGGCAAGUACCUUCUGAAGUUCAAGAAUUACUUUCACAAGUCUGCUUCUCCUGUUGAACAACCAGAGAAUGGCAUUUCCCACGUUUCUCCAAUUGAAGAACCUUCUGAGCACCUUCCAGUUAUUACUGAUGAACAAGUUGUCGUUGAUCCUCCAAACAACUUACAGGUGAGUACUUUCUCGUACUACCACCACUUCAAUAAGCUUUCAAAGCUUCUCGAGUACCAUCAGACAUACCACCAGUAUGCUCCUCAAGUGUCUACAGCCGUCAAGGCCUGUCACACUCCAGUAACUGAAACUCUUCCAGUUACACUUCAUGGAGCUUCCAUCAGCUUUAAUUCACCCAGGACUGUCAAAGUUCCUGAUCAAAAAGAACUAAAGCUUCUUGAACGGACCAAAAUCAAGGAAGCUGCUCCUUCUCUGGACGAAACCUCCUCCAAUUCGUCUUCCUGUCUUUCAGAAACCAACAUUCAUUCCGUGGCUUCUCUGUCUCCAGAUGCCGAUUCCCCCAAGGCUUCCAAGGAAAAGACCACUAGUAUUAAAGCCCCAGUGGCUUCUUCAGUUCUGAAAGACGAGGUAUCACCAAUUGCCUCGAAGAGUUCUCAUCCUAUGCCUUCCAAGGCUAAAUUAAGAAGGAAGAGAAAGACAGCUUUGAAGAAGUGUGCCAAAUAUGAUGCUCCCGUUGUCUUCAGACCAUUUGCAGUGUCUGAAAGAUGA